AUGGCUCAGAAGAAAGUAGUGGACCUACGAAGGAUAGAGAACGAUAAGACAAGGAUAACAACGUACAAGAAGAGGAAAGCUUGUCUUUACAAGAAGGCAGAGGAGUUCUCAACUCUCUGCGGCGUUCAGACAUGUCUCAUAGUCUACGGUCCCACCAAGGCGACCGAUAAGGAAGUUUCCGAGCCAGAGGUAUGGCCGAGUGACGAGGCAAAAGUCAGAGGAAUCAUUAGAAAGUACAGAGACUCAGUGUCGAGCAGCACCAAGAAAGAAACACAAGUUGAGACUUUUGUUAACGAUUUAGGGAAGACAAAAGAGAUGGAGAAUCGUACUCAGAGAGUGAAGAGUAAUAAUACUAAGUAUUGUUGCUGGGAGGAGAAGCUAGACAAGUGCUCACUAGAGCAGCUGCAAGGGAUUCUCUUUUCCGUGGAUAACAAGAUACAUGAAGCUGUGAUGAGACAGAAACGCACCAUGGCUAUGAAUCAUCAUCAUCAUCAUCAAGCCAUAGAGAUACCAAACCCGCAGGCUCUUGUGGAGCAUGAUUACAUGACACAAUAUUUUACUAACCAGCAGCAACAGAUUCAUCAAGGCAUGUUCCCUAGCUAUAAUAAUAAUAGUAUGGGUUUAUCGCUCUUCCCAUCUCCUGAUGAUGAGAUUCAAAUGGACCCGAAUCGCAUGGAGAAUUUAACCAGCUUAGGGUUUCCUCAGGGCUUGAUGAUGCCAAAUGGAAACGAUGGUGCUACUCAGUUGAUGCAAGUACAACCUGCGGCUUUUAAUGUUAACCCAUUUGCGGGAUACGGCCAGUUUAACUUUACUUGGAGGUAG